GAAAGUACUGUACAAUCGCCGUAUUGAUGGAAAGGGAACAGGUUGGCUUGUGUUCCCUAUAAGUUGAGAACUGUGCCAACGAAUUCGCUUUUAUUUAGUAGAUUUUCAUAUCAUUAAACUGACGCACCCGUACAUAUGCUGACCGCUUUGAUGGCGCCGGGGGAACGAGAGGUUAUGACAUUGUUAGAUUUGUUGUUGUUAUUAUUAUGAUCAGCUGACCGCUGCUGGAAUCGCCCUGUUUGCUGUAUUCUAGAAAGCGGUGACAGUGAUGAGCGGUUGUCAGGACAACACGUCUUUGAGUUGUUCGGAAAGCAGGGAAAAUGUCAGCGCCAGUGAAUGGGGAAGGAUGGACGAUGCGUACACAUCCUGCUUUGAUGAUGAGCCUAUCGGCGAUGCGAUUCACUGCGAGAUGAAUGCGGUGCAGCCGGGCAUAGAUGGACAUCUGCCGCUGCCCCGAGGCCAACGCGGGCUAUCCCAGGACGGUUUGAUGUUAGGCCUGGUGGAAGAGGGUUACGCCGCCUAUCACGGCCGUCUCGGUUCUGACCCGCAGACUGAUUAUCUCGACAUCCCCUACAGCGAAAGUGAUGGGAACGUCGCUACGAAAAAGCGCAACCGCUCCAACAGCUCGCGGCACCGCGGUGAAGUUGUCACGGAGCUCGGACCCGAGGAGGUGCGCUGGUUCUACAAAGAGGACAAGAGGACAUGGAAGCCGUUUGUGGGACACGACUCUCUGAAAAUCGAGUUGGCUUAUCGCAAAUUCUGCGAACUGAACCCGAACGAGGUCAAACGCAGAGAUGUCGGAGGUGAGGAAGCAGAGGAUUUAUUCGAGUUGGCAUCGUCAUGUGAAGCGCCGGCGGUCAGUAUUCAAGCGGCGUCGGUAGCAGCGCAGCCGGUGCGCGUGAAUGCUGGGGAGGCUAGAAGCUCGACAGGCGAGACGGACGUGGAUUCAGAAAGCAUUAAUGUGGAUGCCGUGUGUGUCCGUGGGGGGCUGUACGAGGUGGACAUCAAAGAGAAAGACUGUUACCCAGUGUACUGGAACCAACAAGACCAUAUCCCGGUGAUGCGAGGUCAGUGGUUUACAGAUGGCACUUGGUUACCCCUGGAGGUGGAGGACAGUGACCUGAUUGAACUGGAGCACCUGGCCCGUUUCCGAGGCCAACAGAUGAAAGAUACAUUUGACACAGAAGCGGUGACCACCACGGUGGACAGCAAGGAUGCCAUUCACAGUCUGAAACUGAGCCGGAGCCAUGUGGACUGGCACAGCGUGGAUGAAGUGUACCUUUACAGCGAUGCUACCACCUCCAAGAUAGCACGAACUGUCACUCAGAAACUGGGAUUCUCAAAAGCCUCUAGCAGUGGGACCCGUCUCCACCGAGGUUACGUGGAGGAGGCGGCACUAGAGGACACACCUCCUGAGACAACGCACAUAGUCUUUGUGGUGCAUGGGAUUGGCCAGAAGAUGGAUCAGGGGCGUAUUAUUAGAAAUACAAGCAUGAUGCGUGAUGCUGCCCGUAAGAUGGAGGAGAAGCACUUUUCUGACCGAACAAAUGAACACGUUGAGUUCCUUCCUGUGGAAUGGCGAUCUAAACUUGCGCUCGAUGGAGACACUGUGGACUCCAUUACUCCUGAUAAAGUCAGAGGUUUGAGAGACAUGCUGAACAGCAGUGCAAUGGACAUCAUGUACUACACAAGCCCUUUAUACAGGGACGAGAUCACCCGAGGUCUGACCAAAGAGCUGAACCGGCUCUACACGCUCUUCUGCGAGCGCAACCCAGAGUUUGCGGAGAAAGGAAAAGUGUCCAUCGUCUCUCACUCGCUCGGCUGUGUCAUCACCUUUGACAUCAUGACGGGGUGGGACCCCGUACGCUUUGUUCAUGAAGAGGUGCCAGAUUCCAUGGAUGCUGAUGUAAGCAGACAUGGUUAUAAGCAUCAGCUACUGGAGGACCUUCGCAUCACACGCUUAAGAUUGAGGGACUUGGAAAAUCAGCUUCUGCAUUUCCAAACCUCAUCGUCAAGAUGGACUCCAGCCCUGAAAUUCAAGGUGGAGAACUUCUUCUGCAUGGGCUCUCCUCUGGCAGUGUUCUUGGCUUUACGAGGGGUCCGUCCUGGAACCAACAGAACGCAGGACCACUUCCUUCCCAAAAGCAUCUGUCAGCGGCUUUUCAACAUCUUCCAUCCCACUGAUCCUGUGGCAUACAGACUGGAGCCCCUCAUUCUAAAGCAUUACAGUAAUAUAGCACCUGCCCAGAUCCACUGGUACAACACCACAAGCCCCACACCGUAUGACCAGAUCCGUCCCACUCUACUGAACCCAUCAAAGGAAAAUGCUUCAGUAUCAGACACAGAGAGCCUCCCAAGCCCGUGUACCUCCCCUCCACAGCCCCGCAGACACUACGGCGAGUCUAUCACCAACCUGGGAAAAGCCAGCAUCAUGGGUGCGGCAAGUAUAGGUAAAGGUAUUGGCGGGAUGCUCUUCUCCCGAUUCUCCCGCUCUAGUGGGCAGGUGGGUGGUGUGGAGGAGGAGCCAUCUGACUGUGAGAUUGGAGCAUGUGAGAAAGGGGGUGAAGUAACUGGGGAAGAAGGCAGGUCUAUGGAGUCAGAAGAGAAAACGGAGGAGAAGACAGAAGAGAAAAUCGAGGAGAAACGAGAGGAGAAGGCAGGAGACACCAGCAUGUCACAAUCAGCCUCUGCUAUUAUGGAUAACUCUUCCUUGGAACUGGAGAAACGGGUCGACUUUGAGCUGAGGGAGGGCCUGGUGGAGAGCCGCUAUUGGUCAGCGGUGACAUCGCACACAGCCUAUUGGUGCUCCCAUGAUGUGGCUCUGUUUCUACUAACAUUCAUGUACAGGCCAAAUGAAGCGAACGACGUGGCAGAGGAUAACCCUGAAUCAUCACACACACACCUAUAAACUUUUCAUCGGCACCACCCUUAAUUACAAUGGUUUCAAAGCCUGUUUAGUUUAGCAGACCUUAUUCACUGUGCAUCAGAGAUCCUGUCCUUGCCUUGCUUUUCCUUUAACACAUUCAUGCACACCUAUGGAAGAGACAUUCUCUCCCACAUACCCAAAAUAUAAUUGGUUGUUAACCUCGAUGAGAUGGUGGUAACGAUCACACCUUUUCCAAAAGCAAAAGAUUCUACAUUUUGACUUAUGUGUGUUAACUUGAAGGGAACUUCCGUUAUCAUUUAUUCACCCUCGUGUCAUUCCAAACACGCGUGACUUUCUUCAUUUUGUGGACUGUUGUGAACUGAGAACUUCAGUCACUAUUCACCUACUUUGAAUGGAACAAGAUUCAACGAAGUGAAUGGUGACAGAUGCUGAACAUCUCUUUUUUUGUGUUCCACCAAAGAAGGGAAGUCAUACAGUAAGGGUUUGGAACAACAGGAGGGUGAGUAAAUGAUAGCAGAAUGUUCAUUUUUGGGUGAACUAUCCCUUUAAGUUGAAGGUCGUAUAGUGUGGCUGACAAAAAUCUGAUGAAUUGAAAGUCCACAAUUAUUUUCUUUGAGUAAUACAUCUGAUGUGAUCAUUUUUCUUGCCUGAAAAUAGCAAUUUUGAAGAUUUUUUUAUUUCUUUUUGAUAAAUUACACAUUGCUAUUACAUGUUUAUAUUAUUUAGAUGAUAAAACACAAUCUGCAUCACUUCUAAAAGUGGCCAAAUAUUGAGGUGAUUGUCGACGGGGGAAGUGCACAUAGACCUGAUGGAAUAAUACUUCAACAGAUAUAGUUUGAAGAGGAAAAGCCAUCAGUGAAACCUGCUUAAAAGACAUUUUAGUCCUGUUCCAGGUGCUCCUUACUCUAUUUCUGAUAGACGUGUUGAGGCAUUAGUUUGUUCUCUACACCUGCAUGAUAGACACAUAAAUCUACUGCAUAUUUGAAUGCACUCUUUGGUAUGACCACCACUAAAUUAAAGAUUAUGUUAUGCUUUAACAUGCAUGAUAGAGAAGUUCUCCCUUAAACAUCCCCCAUUAGAAAUUCUUUGUGGCAUUCUCUUUCUUGUCAAUGAUGACAUAUCCUAAAUGUUACUUGUUAUGUUACUUUUUGUUACAUAAUAGAGCACUAAAGAACCAUUGCUGUUUUAAAAUAACGAUUGUUUUGUGUUACUUCCAUGUUUUAUGUAUUAAUUUUGUAUGAUUUGUAUACAGUAAUCCUGAAGAACACCCCCAUGCCUUUACAAUGCCAAGAGAAAAGCACUUAACAUCUCUCCUUACCUCACCUGAUGUAAGACAUCCCUUGAAUGUGCCAAUAAGCCGAAUAGAGUUAGGUCUUGAUGAUUUCACAUCAGGCCUGUGGUCAGAGGGAACUGUCUGCUUUAUGUGCAUAUAUCAGAACUGGACUCCAGUCUUUACUGUUUAGCUUAAGUGAAAACCGAGCUGUUCCAAUUUUAUGAACCUCGUGUUUUUCAUUAAAAUUGAUAUUGACCACCUGCUCUUGAGUCUCAAUCUUUUUUUUUAUUUUUUUUAUCUCAGCUGUGUAGAUUAAUUACUCUACUAUAGCCACAAUUUGAUGAUGCAUUCUGGUUAGCAAAAAGUAAAUGGAAAUCAAUACAAAAGAAUUGUAUUAAUCCAUGGCGGGUAAAUUAGUUUUGCUCAUAUAAGUCAGAGACAAAUGCAGACACAGGGGUGCAGAUGGCCACAAAGGAGUAGCCAAGUGUUUAUGGGUUCUGGGCAUGAAAUUGUAAGCAGUGUCCUGGAGUGUGGCAUGCAAUAAUUCAUCUACAGCUAUUAAAAAAAAUGUUUUUCCUAA